AAUAAAAGAAAAGAAAAUCUUUAUCCUGAUUGAUCAAUCAAACGCAUAAAAUAUUCAUAGGAUGCGUUCCAUUUCAUGCAUUGAUCGCAUAGAUCGCCUGAAAAUCUAUAGUUCAUGUAACAUAUAUUAUAGAUUUCCAAGCGAUCUAUGCAUUCUAUGCGUGAAACGGAACGCAACCAUAAUGCCAAAUGUUAUGCACUCUGAAACUAAAGUUAGGUUGAUUAGAUUAGGUUAGAUAUAUAUGCACGUGCUUCAUCGUUUCGUUUCAAAUGCACUUUUUUUACAUUUUACUUUUAAACUGAAAUAGAUAUAUCAUAGAUAUAUACUCAGAUUUUGAAGAAGAAGAAGGAAGAGAGAAGUAAAGUGUAGAAGCAGCGUACAUAUAUUUAUAUAUGCUGUGUGUAUAAUUGGCGGGAUAAACAGAUUUCUUAGAUAUUAGACUUUUUGAAAAUAACUAUGCCUCGUGCAAAGAGAAGCAGAGUAAAAAGCGAUGAUUCACCAGGUCCAAAAAAGCUUAAACAAUCAGGUUCAGAUACCUUAGAUUACAUGACACAAAUACAAACAACUUUGGGUAUAAAACAAAGUACAGAGGAAAAUGGAGAUGGAAUUGAACAUUCAUCUACAGUGCUUAUAUCCACUUCAAAUAUAGAAAAAAAUAAAGAUGCUAUUGAACACAUACCUUUGGUGCUUGAAUCAGUUUCUGAUAAAUUAUUAUCAAUUGAACAAGAACUUUGUACUAAAUUAAAAGACGUUACUUUUCCGUCAAUGAUACAAUAUAUUUACAAUCCGCUUGAGUAUGCAUCUGAAACACAUGCCAUGUAUGUACAUAAGUAUUGCACUGGCAAAAAAAAAGUUUUAUUUGUUGGCAUGAAUCCUGGACCAUGGGGCAUGUCUCAAACUGGUGUGCCAUUUGGAGAAAUAAGCAUGGUGCGCAAUUGGCUCAAAAUUUUUGGUCCCGUUGGAAGUCCAUUAAAAGAACAUCCUGAUCGAAAAGUCACAGGAUUCCAAUGUACACGUAGUGAGAUUAGUGGGCUAAGAUUGUGGGGCCUCUUUCGAGAUUUGUGUGGAAGUCCAGAAAACUUUUUUCGAUAUGCAUACAUGCACAAUUAUUGCCCACUUGCAUUUAUGGAUGCCAAAGCUCGAAACAUCACACCAGCAGAAUUAAAGGGAGAAGGACAAAAAAUUUUACAUGAGGCAUGCGACAAAUCCUUGAUAGAUAUAAUACAACUCUUGAAAGUAGAGAUUAUCGUUGGUAUUGGAAAUUAUGCCGAAAAAAGAGCACAGAUUGCCGUCCAGACAGGAGGUCUUUCUCAUGUACAGGUAAUGGUUCUGCGACAUCCCAGUCCAAGAGCUGUAGGUAAUCAAAAUUGGAAUGAAACAGCUAUGAAACGGUUGGAUGAGUUGGGAUUGCUCAAAUUUUUUGAAAAAGCAAGUACCAUUGUUUAAAUUCUUUCUUCCACAGGAU